AAUGAAUGUAUUUAUUCGGAAUAAUUUGACUGAAAUGGCACCGAGCGUACAGAAAUACUUGUAAGUGUUAUAUUUGGAAAGUCGCGUGGGUUUGGACAGGGAGUUUGAACACCUUGACAGCAGUCCGACAACUUGACAAACAAGGAGAGGCUCAACCUACGGAGGAUUUAUCUGGAUCUUGCAAGAUUUGUUGUGCAAAACCAAUCUCGUGAGACCGCAGUCAAAUCUGAAGAAGAGGAUACAGGAAAUGGUUGGGCUGCUGCUACCUCCAGGCUGACAGAGAUGGACUAAACUUCUACUAUCCUCACUGUAGCUCCAGAUUCAACACCAUCGUCAAGCUGUCAGGCAGCCAUCAGAGAUAAUGUGUCUCUAUUCUAACAACAAGAGGAAGAAGACCUCCUGGACCACGCUACCUGACGUUCCUUCCAUUUAGAUGCUGCAGAGCCCUCUAUUCACCUGUCUCACCUCAUGGCUGGGAUUCAGCAAUGGCCUUUUAAUGUGCUGACAAAUCUUCGCUGAAACCGUCCACCUGACGGAGCAUUGAAGAGAUAAGAAAAAAGCGACCUGGGCUAACGAGCACUUUGAGCAUCUGUGGUUAUCAUGGGGAAAGAACAGGAUCUGCUGGUGGCAGUGAAGAGUGGAGAUCUUCUGUUGGCUCACAAACUCCUUUCCAAAGUCAAGUGCAACAAAACCAAGUUGCUAGGCUCCACCAAGAGACUCAACAUCAACUACCAAGACCCAGACGGCUUCUCAGCGCUGCACCACGCUGCACUGACGGGCACUACAGAGCUGCUGUCUCUUCUGCUGGAGGCCCAGGCUACAGUGGAUAUCAAGGACAUCAAUGGCAUGCGUCCCCUCCACUACGCAGCAUGGCAGGGUAAAGCUGACUCCGUCUUAUUGUUGCUCAGAGCCGGCGCUUCAGUCAACUCCCCGUCCCAUGAUGGACAGAUACCGUUACAUCUCUCAGCACAGUAUGGACACUAUGAAGUGUCUGAGAUGUUGCUGCAGCACCAGUCUAAUCCCUGCCUCAUGAAUAAAGCUAAGAAGACUCCACUAGAUUUGGCCUGUGAGUUUGGCAGACUGAAGGUGGCCCAGUUGUUGCUCAGCAGUAACAUGGUGGUAUCGCUGCUGGAAGGGGAGGGGAAGAACGACAGCCUGGACUCUCCUUCCACCACCCCCCUUCACCUGGCAGCAAGGAAUGGACACAAAGACAUCAUCAGGUUGCUGCUCAAAGCUGGCAUUGACAUCAACAGAGCCACCAAAGCAGGGACCUCUCUGCAUGAGGCUGCCCUCUAUGGCAAAACAGAAGUAGUGCGGCUGCUGCUUGAUGCGGGCAUCAACGUGAACAUGCGCAACACGUACAACCAGACAGCUCUGGACAUUGUCAACCAGUUCACCACCUCCACUGCCAGCAGAGAAAUCAAACAGCUCUUGAGAGAGGCAUCAAGUUCUCUCCAAGUCAGAGCAGUGAAGGACUACUGGAAUCUCCACGACCCUACUGCCCUUAACCUCCGUGCUGGAGAUCUUGUUAUGGUCCUGGAGCAGCACUCAGACGGCCGGUGGAAAGGUCACAUCCAUGACUCCCAGCGGGGGACGGACCGAGUCGGCUUCUUCCCCCCUUCCGUGGUGGAGGUCCUCAGCAGAAGAGCAGGGGGCACUCUCUCCCGCCAAGCCUCAGUGCCUUGUCAGCGCCAACACUUUGCAUCCAGAGCUCCCCCCUCGAGCCGUGGCAUCGCUCCUCAGACUGACGACUCAUACAUCCUUGGUUAUGAUCCUGCAGGUCCUCCACCGGGCAGUCAGCUCUCAGCCCCAGCUAGUCCUGCUAGCCCCACUCAGGACAUUUGGGUCCUCAGGAACUCCCCCACUGGUGACAGAAACAGUGUUGGCAGCGCUGGCAGUGUGGGCAGCAGCCGCAGUGCUGGUAGUGGCCAGAGCUCAGAGAGCAGCCACAAACCGAAUGGGACUCGACACAACACCGACAGCAGCAAGCUGGCUCCCUCUGCUGGUGAACCAGGAGACCAGGGCCACGUUACAGGAGCAGACCAGAGCAAACAGGUUGAUGGAUCAACAGGUGGUUCCCGUCGGCAGGUCAACGGCACUCCUCAGAAAGGCUUUGUGAGGCCAGAGCAGCUUCUGGAGGGCAAGGACUCUGAAGCCAUCUACCAGUGGUUAUGUGACUUCCAGUUGGAGCAGUACACGUCCAACUUCAUCAACGCUGGAUAUGAUGUGCCCACCAUCAGCAGAAUGACCCCUGAGGAUCUUACAGCAAUUGGAGUGACAAAACCAGGCCACAGAAAGAAGAUUUCAAUGGAGAUUGGCAAACUCAGCAUCCCUGAAUGGCUGCCUGAUUAUAUUCCUUCGGACCUGGGGGAGUGGCUGAGCGUGAUUGGUUUGCCUCAGUACCAGAAGAGAUUGUGUGACAAUGGCUACGACUCCAUCACUAUUGUUAAGGACAUCACCUGGGAGGACCUGCAGGAAAUAGGCAUCACCAAACUGGGCCAUCAGAAGAAGCUCAUGUUAGCCGUGAAGCGGCUGUGUGACUUACAGCGUUCUCGUAUCCACGGCGACAGCACCAGAGGUGGGACUCUCAGGCGAAAGCCCCCGGCUGCUCUGGAGCUCGUGGCCAUCGAACACACGCCGCAACAGAACGUGCACACUUACGCGCGUUCGGACACUCCCUCCGAUGACUGCUGCCCCUCCCCUCGCACCCCCAGGACCCUCCUCUCCUUCCAGGACAGCGAGCUGAGCGCUGAGCUGCAGAGCGCUAUGAUGGGCAAGGUGGGAGGUGGAGCUGCUGAGGCCUUUGGCAUCAGGGGCGUAUCCUCCUCUGCAGUGAUAACCGCCAUGUCAGUGAGUCAGGAGAGCAUUGGCAUGCGUUCGCGGGGCUCAGGGAAUUCUGGGAAUUCUGGAAAUUCAAAAUCAGGAUACUCUCAGGAUCACCCAGCCACGCAGGCUUCAGCCAGGACGCCCAGUCGGUCUGAGGAGAGUCUGGGGAGCGAUGGAAGAAGCAGUCCUGGAGGAAGAGGACUGAGUUGGUCUACUGCACCUAACAAACUCCCUUUCUCCCCCCUUACGCCUCCACUAACACCCAGCAAGAUGCCCCGCUUUGCCUACCCUGCAGUCCCACCCAAGGCCAAACACCAGCCCCCUAACCGCCUUUAUCAGCCUCAGCACCUCCCCCAGUACCACCCUCAGCACCACCCUCCGUCAUCCCCAUCCUCUCCAUCCCAGCAGCCUUCACCCACACAGAAGUCCUUCAGUUACCUCCAAGCCCAGGCAGCAGGUGUUAACGGGGCUCCACGAGUGCUCAGCAAGCCCUUGCCAGGAGCUGUCCCACUCCUGGCACCUCAACCUACACAGGCGUCAGUUAAGGACGCCCAGAGGGGCCCACAAAAGAAGCGCGCCCAAAGCCUGACUCGCUACGCUUUGUCUGAUGGGGAGCCGGAUGAUGAAGACGACCUCGCUCUCCCCUGUACCUCUGCUUCCUCUGCAGCGAUGCCAUCCUACGCCACCUUGUCGCGCAGGCCUGGACGUGGGCACACAAGUGCCACGGGUGCGCAGCGUCACAUCAGCCGCAGCCAGUCGUUCGCCGUGCGCUCCCGACGCAAAGGUCCCCCACCCCCACCGCCGAAGAGGAUGAGCUCGGUGAGCGGCAGCCCUGCGCGCGAACCAGGAAACGGAAAAGUGGUGGAGGCAGAGGUGAAGGGAGGGGUGGAGACAGAGAGCGUGGGCAGCGUGAGGAGCAUCACAGCCAAGCUAGAGGGCAGCAGCCCGUCCAGGAGGAUAGACAUGCCGCCAAACUUUGUCCCUGCUUCACCUGUUUUCAGCCCUGUCUCCUCUCCGAUCAUUCUCCAGCAGUCCAAACCUGUCCCUGCCUUGGGUGUGGGGGGCCUAAGGAGGGUAGCGAGUGAGAGGCCAGAAGGAGACACUGACAGGCAAAGAGUUGGAAAUACAGAGGGAGCAUCUGAAGACAAAGAGAAGGCAAGGAAAUAUGAAAGAAUACCUAAGAGUGCGUCACCAAAGCACAAUUCUGUGGUCCACCUAGCUUUCGCCGAAGAGGGCAACCUCACUAUCAAACAACGGCCCAGGUUUGCAGUAGUUGGUCGGGCAGACACUGAAGCCAAGUCUCCUUCAGAUGGUCCGGUCCAGACCCCAAACAGCCUGGAGCUCCCAGAGUUCAAUCUGAAAGAGUCUGACACGGUAAAGAGACGUCACAAACCCAAGGACAAAGACGUGUCCACACCUGAGGAGGCUACCACCCCCAACAGAGAUGACAGCUACCUGCCGACCAGCAGCCUCCACAUGCAAAACGAUGUCCGCACUCUGAGUAACAACGGAGCGCAGAGGCCAGACUAUGUCUUUCAAAGAAUAGGUUCCAUGGGAAAAGGCACGAAGCCUCCAGUGUUGUCAAAACCUUCCAACCCUUUAAAACAACCCCCCAACAGCAGACCAACCACUCCUCAAAAGACUCUUUCUCCAGCACAAGGUAGUGCACAAACGGCCAUUCCUAAACUCACUAGUGUGCAGAUUCACACAGUCCCUCCAAAGCUAGGUGGCAGUAUACAGACAUGUAUACCCAGUCCUAAACCUGUGAAACACCCACAGACAGUCAUGCCCAAACCAGAGAGUCCACAGAAAGCUACUUUACCUCUGUCAAGACUCCCUCAUCCCAACGCUGCCUGUGUGUCGCCAGCAGGACCAAAUUUCAGCAUGGUGCAGAGUGUCGCCUUUGUUGCUCCUUCUUCUCCGGCACCAACCACUUGCUACCCGUCCUCUGCACAACCGAGUCAGGGAGGGAAACCAGAGGUAGUCCCAAAUAAUGUGGCUGGUCUGGAGGUGCUGGCUCAGAAGAGACUGGAGCAGACCAGCACGUCGCUGGAAGCUGCUCUCAAAGUGGUGGAGAACAAACUGGCGCAGGACAGCAGAGAGGAUAGUGGCAGCAGUACAGUGAAGGCAGCAGGAAACAUCCUGGACGACAUCGGCAACAUGUUCGACGACCUGGCUGACCAGCUGGACGCCAUGUUGGAGUGACCUCCCGUCCUCUCCAUCCACAGGCAGAGAUUGUUUCUCAAGGGAGCAAACAGAACGCAAACUGUCAGCUACUGAUGUAGGAAGGAGCAGAGGGCGCGGAGAUCAGCGCCUCCUCGGGAAUCUGGAUGAAACAGUGAGUUCACAUCUGAGGAUUUUCUGCCCAACUUCUCCUCAAUAUCGUCCAGACUUUCAACGCGAGCACUUGGCCUGAGGACACACACCUGGGAAUGUUAUUGGAGCAACAACAGACGGCAGUUGCAAGAUCAGCUUCCAGAUGUGUGUUGAGCUGUUACAGUAUCACUAAAGGGAAUGAGGGUCCAUUUUAUUCACAGUACCUGUAAAUGUAUAGAUGAGCUGGUGGUGGCUCUGUAUCUGUGUGUAGUCUGAUAUCUUUAUACUGAAUAUAUUGACUUAUGGAUAUAUUUAUACUUCUGUGUUUGUUUUUUAACAAAAUGGAGUUGACUGAUUCACUGUUAAACAUUUUACUGUAUAUUAGCAUUACUGUCUUUAUAUAUUGCUGCUUAUUGUCUGUAACAUGGGGAAAAUAUUGUUUCAUGUGUUAAGUGCAACAUAUUCCAUAUAUGUGCUACUCCAGUCAUUUCUACUAGAGUUGAUUUGACAGGUUUGAACCAAAGUCUUUUCUUCCUUCAUUUCUUUAAAGCACUUGUCAGAAAACACUCAUGACUGAAGUGGUUCUUUAGCUGCAGUCUGGUAGAUUUCUCAGUUCGCCUCAGGCCGUCAGCAAACUGUUUCCAGAGAACGGGAGAUGUCUUAAAACGUUCCAACAGAGGCCAGAGCGUCUCAAGUGAGGCCGACCUUCUGUGACUGAACUCACACUUUGUGUUUAUAUGGAGUUUGGAAGGUGCCAAAAACAAAUGUAACAAAUACAUUUUUAAACCAGCAUUGUAAAUCAGUUUAUUAUGUUUAUCUAUUUCCAAAAACAUAUUCAGUUGAUAUAUUAAUGUCGUUUUGUUCUUCAAAUUUAUGAUUUUUAAAUUGGAAUUCCAGCAUUAACUUUCAAAAUGCUUUGAAAUUCAACUUGUUUUAACAUUUAUGAAUGUUUCUAUCAUAUUUUCACAUGACAGAUUCCAAGAUUUACAUUUAAAUUUUAAGAUGUCUCUCUUUGUGAUUUUUGAUUUGAUUUUUUUUCUUUUAAGAACAAAUCUGAGCGUUCCAGUUCUGUCCUGUUACCUGGGCAUGCUCUCGUUCUGUUAACCCUUUGGUUUCCAUCUAAUGCCUCUUAGGGCUGACAUCCAGUAUUAUUGCCCCUCAUAUUUAUACUCAGUUAUAUGUUUAUUUACCCUAGCGUGCUCCAGACUCCAUAGAGCAACAGGGACAUCCAAAGUUGUUUUGAUAUUUUAAUUAGAUGAUUUACUAUUUACUGCUGCAGUGACUGAAUUUUCCAACAGUUUCAUCCGUCUCAUUAAAUAUGUGACUGAGGAGGAGUUAACCCAGAUCACCAGCGUUGGGUUUAUUGACACUGUAACUUGACUUUUUGUACCUGCCCAUGUCCUUUGUCCUUUCUAUGCACCUUAUAGAAACUCCAUGAGGACUCUCUGUCCUAACAUAUUGUUACUAGUCUCUGACUCAUUCUGUCCAUACUGUGAUCCAUCCUCCUUGAGUGAGGCCCAAAGCCAUUACCCACAGCCAUCUUUAUUCCUUUAACGUUUUGCACUCCAUGUUUUGUUUUUCUUUGUUAAACGGUGCUCAAGUUUCUCUCCCAAAUUUUUACUGAGGAGGUUGGCAUGUUUUUAAGAGCCGUUGCACUGUUGGUUCUGUUACUUUUAAUUGAUGUUUUCAGCUGAGUUCUGUAUCAUCCUGAAGAUCAUUAAAAGGAGAGUUUGGAUCAA